AGCCAUUUUGGCUCAAGUCCGGCCUCUCGCGCCGAACGCUGGCUGAUUUGAGCAGCCUCGGCACCAUGUCGUUGUCGGGCUCUCUCGGCCUGCUCGCAACGGCUCUCUUCGGUGCCGCAUCCGCGAGCGACGUGUCCGCCUCGAGUGCCGAGAGGAUCAGGCUGCGGGUGGAGCCGGUCGGGGAGCAAUCCUUCGCGCUGUAUGGCGUGCCGGACCUUGGCAGGAUGGAGCACGAUAUAUUCUGGUCCAUCACGAAGCCUGGCGAGAUGGUGCCGGUCGAGAUAGACACUGGCAGCGCGUUCGUUCUGCGAUCCACGGACAUGAAGUUCCGCGCCAUCGUGCUCGCAGAACAGAACCACGACGCAGGCACCAGGGCUACGCACCCGUGGAAGAUUUGUUUCGUCAACCCAAUGCUUGAUCCCGGUGCCAAGAUUGAGCUCAAGCACAGCAUCUCGGGGUUCGCGUGGCUUGAGGAGGGCUCCCGUUUGUGUCAGGUCACCGACCACAGCCACAAGUUCGAGCUGCGCAACGAGGAAAAGGCACCCGUCGCUGAGAUUUCUGUCAAGAGGCCAAAUAUGAGAAUAGAUGUCUCCAAGCUCACGCCUUUGUCCUAACGAUUGCUGGACAGCCUCUUCGCGAGGACAUCCUCUCUUGGCGUCUUCGCCACGCGCGGGAGGUUCCAGCAGUGCCAUGCACCUGGCCACCGCAAUCCUUCUGCACGGCCAAGACCCCACGUAGCUUGCGUAGCCACGUGUAGGACCUCGCAGGUGGCAUGGCCUUUCUGCGCUUGUCUUCGCGGCCCGAGGCUGUCAACAUUGCUGCUGCAGCAGCGGCGAUCGUACUGGCCCAGAGUGGUAGACAGUGCACGGAACGGCAGCAGACGCACCACGCCCCGACAAGUCGUGAGAGCUGUUCGACGCUCGCGAGAGCCAGUGCGACAUCGUCUUCGACGGUCUGCCUGGACAGCGUCCACGGCUCUUUCCUUCCGCUCCACCGCCCGGGCCCCUGGGCCUGCAUCGGAGUCCUCCUCCUCCCCCUCCUCCCUUCCCCGUCCUGCCAAUGCGUGCUGCUGUCACCACUCGAAGGAGGGAA